AUGGCGAAUCAGCGGCGUUGCGGCGGCGGCAACGGCGGCGGCGGCGGCGGCGGCAAUGGCGGUGGCGGCGGCAAUGGCGGCGGCGGCGGCGGCGGCGGUCGUGCGGCGCGUUGCGUGGCGGCGGCGGCGCACGGGCCCGGUGGUGCACGGGCGCAGUUUCGCGGGCGCAGUUUCGCGGGCGCAGUUUCGCGGGCGCGGUCUUAUGGGGACAGGCUUCCAUGGCGGCGCGGCCUGUUUGGGCUGCGGCUGGGGGCCGGGCGCGCUGAUCUAUUCGUGCAUGUGAUUGAAGCCGCCGUGCCCGCACAGCGCGGGGCCGGCCAGGCGGGGACCUGCGUCGUGGGCGGCGUGUUUCAAAGGGGCUGGCUGGCAGGCGUUCUGGCUGCAGCGCCGC